CUGGUCCUCUAUCCACAGGUGUGCCAGUGUGGUGGUGGUCGAGGACCGUGACCGAGCGUCGUUCAGCCGACUGUGAUCAGACUUUCCCUGUCCUUAGGUUGGAGUUGUCUAGUUGUUAUUGCGCUGGGUGUCUCUGCGGUCUCUUUAUUUUUUUUUCGUGUGGCGCAGGCCUUGCAGGCUUGUUUGGAUCUUGGAUCAAAUCUCAUAUGGUUGGGGCCGUUGUCAUGCAAGACCACGGACUGGGCGUGUUUGAAGGAGGCAGUUUGAACACCUCCUUUAUUACGUGGGCUUGCUGUAGAGAGGAGGUAUAAGGAAACGGACGUCCCCCCAUCGUGCGCGCAGGUAGUUGAUCUGGCUUUUUAUUGACUGUGUGGUGUAUUCUGUUUACGUCCAUUCACAUUCGCUUGUGUCUCUUUUUGCUGGCUUGGUUUUGAGUGUUUAAUACAUAUCUUCACCUACACCUACUAAAGCGCUGCACAAGUGAAGCCAUCACGAAACGUUCGAAUAAUAUCGCAGCCAACACACCGCGUCAUUUCGCCUGUAAAGAAAGGGAUUAGAAAGUUAGGAAAACGACACCGAACAAUAAAACAUCAACGAAAAGAUGACGGGCGCAAACAACAUCAGAGGCCUCAUGGGCAAAGGCGCCCCGCCAACACCAGCCCUCUUUUCCAUCGUCCGCGUCGCCGUCCUGGUCCUCUCGCUCGCCGUGCUCGCCGCCUGCGCGUACUGCCUGUCGCUGCUGGGCGCCUACUCGAGCAGCUAUACCGGGCCGCCGGGCUUCAUGCUCUUUGUGUCCCUCUUUACCCUCCUCGUCCUAGGCGGCGCCAUGAUCCUCGAGCGGUUCGCGGCGCACCUCUACUUCCGCAUCGCCGUCCUCAUCGGCUACGGCACGAAUUGCCUGUUUUGGCUGUCGGGCUGGGCGUGGUCUGCGAGCAUCGCGGCGCUGUUCUUGGGAGAUACGUGCGUUCAGGGGACGUGUUUUGGGCCGACUACGGAGGAGAAGCGGUAUGGGGGUAGUAUGGCUGGUGCUGCUGCCGUCGGUGCAGUGAACUGGGUCUUGAUGACGAUUGUGUUGUUUUAUUACAUCAAGGGAUGUCUUUCUGACCCGGCUUGCUAUGGCGUCUCGACGGGUCACGGGUCGGAGAUGGGGAGCAUCAAGGCGGAGAGCAAGUCGCGGUCUCAGCCUUCCGUUAACGAGCCGUGA